AAGCCCAUACGGGUAAAAAGAACCUGCUCCCAAAGUUGUCUCUGCAACAGAACAGAGCACUUAAUAGUAACAACACUAAUGAAUCCACUCACAGAUUCAGAUUCUUCACAUUUUCCAACUCUUCUCAAACACCAUCUUAACUUGGCUUCUUUUCUACUUCUCAUCUUCUCUCUUACCUUUUUAAACUCAACUUCUCAAACUCACAACACAUUCAUUCUCUCUCUCUUUCUCUUGGUCUUCAGCUCAAGAUAACAUAGAAUGGAAGAAGAUCAUCACAAUCAAGUAGCAAAGGAGGAAGAAGAAGAAAUCAAGCAAACUCAAGAAGCCAACAAGGCAGCAGACCAAGACACAUCUUUAACUAGAGUAUUCCCCUGCCUAUAUUGUUCUAGAAAGUUCCAUAGUUCCCAAGCCCUGGGAGGCCACCAGAACGCCCACAAGAAGGAGAGAACCGCAGUUAGAAGAGCCAAAAGGGCUUACGAUUUCGUCAACAACAAUGACUUGCUUCACACGUUACCUGUCUUCUUAUCCUCUCCCUCUCCACACCACAUGGCCAUCUUAAGCUACCCUUCUUCCGCGUCCUCUGACUCAUGUUUUCCAGCGAUUCAUCUCGACCAUCCGAUCUUCAGACCCAACGGUGCUCAUGUCGUAUUGGCAACAUCCCACCAAGGUAGAGAAAGCAAAGGAGGGUAUUUUGGUCAACAACGUGUUCAAUUUUUGGAUCAUCACUACUGUAACGUGGUGAAUAGUGAGAAAGGUGCUCAAGAUCAGUGUCUUGAUCUCUCCCUCCAUUUGUAA